AUGAGUCAAAUGAGACUUUUUUCUUUAAAGAUGAAUGAUGGAUGCUUCAUGCCUAUGCUGGGAUUGGGCACUUCUGCCCCUCCUCAGGUUGCUAAGAGUGAGGUAGAAAAGGCCAUCAAGAGAGCAAUCGAUGUAGGCUACCGCCAUAUUGAUUCAGCUUAUAUGUACCAAAAUGAAGAAGAAAUUGGGAGGGCCAUCCAGAUGAAGAUUGCAGAUGGCACUGUGAAGAGGGGUGACUUAUUCUACACUACGAAGUUGUGGAGCACCUUUUUCCGUCCAGAAUUGGUCCAAACUUGCCUGGAAAGCUCACUGAGGAAACUUCAAAUGAGCUAUGUGGAUCUUUAUCUUAUUCAUUUCCCAAUAGCUAUGAAGCCUGGGGAGGACUUUUUCCCAAAGGACACAUAUGGAAACAUCAUUUUUGACACAGUGGAUCUCUGUACCACAUGGGAGGCCCUGGAGAAGUGUAAGGAUGCAGGACUGACCAAGUCCAUUGGGGUGUCCAACUUUAACCGCAAGCAGCUGGAGAUGAUCCUGAAUAAGCCGGGGCUCAAGUACAAGCCCGUCUGCAACCAGGUGGAAUGUCACCCUUACCUCAACCAGAGCAAACUGCUGGAGUUCUGCAAGUCCAAGGACAUUCUCCUUGUUGCAUAUGCUACCUUGGGGUCUGACUUAAGGAAGAAAUGGGUGAAAAAGGACAAUCCAGUUCUCCUGCAGGAUCCAGUACUCAACACCAUUGCUGAAAAGCACAGGCGAACUCCAGCCCAGGUCACCCUGCGCUAUCAGCUGCAGAGAGGGGUGAUUGCUCUGGCCAAGAGCUUCAAUGAAAAGAGGCUCAAGGAGAACUUCCAGGUUUUUGAAUUCCAGUUGACCCCAGAGGAUAUGCAAAGUCUAGAUGGCCUAAACAGAAACAUGCGCUAUUUUGAAGAAGAUUCACUGUCUCAUCAUCCAAAUUAUCCAUUUCAUGAUGAAUAUUAA